AAUAUUCAAUAUAAUUAUAAAAGAAACCACAGAACCUAAUAUGCUGGCCGUAAGGUGUAGCUAUUGGAAAAAAGCUCUGCGACUUUACGAAACCGCUUACUCAGCCAAAGACCAAAUAAAGCCAAGCAGUCAGUUUGCUUUUGUACGCCGGUCGCUUGUGAACGUUGUGGUGAGGGAGACGCAGAACGUAGAGACACAGCAAAAACAGUGCAUAGAUUGGAAUCAUUUGAAUUUCACGGAUCCACUUAUAAUUUCUGAUCGAAUUUAUAAUUUGUUUUUACAACAACAACAAAACAUGUCUUAUCACAAGCCAGAAGCUAAAGCCGUGCAGGAAUUGAAGGAUAUUGCGCAUCGUCUACGCAUACAUUCCAUAACCUCCACGCAAGCCUCGAAAUCUGGACAUCCGACGUCAUGUUCUUCGAUCGCCGAAAUAAUGUCAGUGUUGUUUUUCAACACAUUGCGUCUUAAUAUGAAAUGUCCUCGCGAUCCUUCAAGUGAUCGUUUUGUACUUUCUAAGGGUCAUGCAGCACCAAUUUUAUAUGCAGCCUGGGCUGAAGCUGGACUCUUCCCAGUUGAAGAACUGCAAAAUUUGCGUAAAAUUGAUAGCGAUUUGGAGGGACACCCAACACCACGCUUGAAUUUCAUCGAUGUUGGUACUGGUUCUUUAGGUCAAGGUGUAGCUGUUGCUGCUGGUAUGGCAUAUGUUGGAAAGAAUUUUGAUAAAGCCGAUUAUAGAACUUAUGUUGUUGUUGGUGAUGGUGAAUCAGCUGAGGGUUCAAUUUGGGAGUCAUUGCAUUUUGCUGGCCAUUAUAAACUCGACAAUUUAUGCGUUAUCUUUGAUGUCAAUCGUUUAGGUCAAUCUGAGCCUACCUCUUUGCAACAUCAAAUGGAUGUUUACUGCAAGCGUUUGGAUGCUUUUGGGUUUAAUCCACUUGUCGUUGAUGGACAUGAUGUUGAGGAGUUGUGCAAAGCUUUUUAUGAAGCUGCAAAUACUAAAAAUAAGCCCACUGCCAUUAUCGCCAAGACAUAUAAAGGCAAAUUCUUUCCCAAUAUUGAAGAUAAGGACAAUUGGCAUGGUAAGCCUUUAGGAGAUAAAGCAAACGAAGUUAUCAAACACUUGGAAGGUUUAAUGGUUGACGCUUGUGCGUCUCCUACUAUUGGACCUAAAACACCCACUAAACUAAAACAAGUACCACAAGUUGAUAUUACAAAUGUUAAAUUGUCAUCACCACCAAACUAUAAAUUGGGUCAAGAAGUUGCCACACGUUUGGCUUACGGAACAGCACUCGCAAAGAUAGCCGAAAAUAACUGCCGCGUAAUCGCACUCGAUGGUGAUACCAAAAACUCUACUUAUUCCGAAAAGAUAAAGAAGGAUUAUCCUGACCGUUACGUUGAAUGUUUCAUUGCUGAGCAAAACUUGGUUGGCGUAGCUAUCGGUGCUGCUUGUCGCGAUCGUACCAUUGCUUUUGCUUCAACUUUUGCCACAUUCUUUACACGCGCUUUUGAUCAAAUACGUAUGGGUGCUAUCUCUCAAACAAAUGUCAAUUUCGUUGGCUCUCAUUGCGGUGUUAGUAUUGGUGAAGAUGGUCCUUCACAAAUGGGUUUGGAAGAUAUUGCUAUGUUCCGUACCAUUCCCGGCAGUACUGUAUUCUAUCCUUCCGAUGCUGUAAGUUGCGAGCGUGCUGUUGAAUUAGCUGCUAAUAAAGAAGGAAUUUGCUUUAUACGUACAUCACGCCCCAAUACUGCCGUUUUAUAUAAGAAUGAUGAACCGUUCGUCAUUGGCAAAGGCAAAGUGGUAAAACAAUCAAAGAAGGAUCAAGUUUUGCUUAUUGGCGCUGGUAUUACUUUGUAUGAAUGCUUGAAUGCCGCAGCUGAAUUGGAAAAGUGUGGUAUAAACGCACGCGUUAUUGAUCCUUUCACCGUUAAGCCUUUGGAUGCUUGUUUAAUAAUUGAACACGGAACCGCAUGUGGCGGACGUGUUGUUGUCGUUGAAGAUCAUUAUCAACAAGGUGGACUUGGUGAAGCUGUGCUUAGCGCACUUGCCGAACAACGCAACUUUGUAGUAAAACACUUAUAUGUACCAAGUGUGCCUCGCUCUGGUCCUGCAACUGCUCUUAUUGAGAUGUUUGGUAUAUCAGCUGGACAUGUGGUUAAUGCUGCUAAUGCUCUACUGGAGUUGUAAAGCAAUUAUAAAAAAUUGCAUUUAACAUUUAAGAAUUUAUAACAAGAAUAUAUCGGUUUAGUGUGAUGUGGUUUCAAUAAAUACAUAUAUAUAAACAA